GCGGCUGCGGCGCCACCCGGCUGGGUGGGGGCUUCGCCGGAUCCUGCCGGCGGUCGGCGGCCGCAUGAGGACGCGGCAGGCGCGGGCCGUAGGGGCCGCCCUGACGCCUGCACACGAGGGGCCGCCGCGACAGGCCGGCGUGUGGCGAGCCCGCCUGGCUUCCUCGCACAAAGCAACUGGCCGACAGCCCUCAAAGAGGCUAAAACGUGAAAAGAGUAGUUUAGUAAAAUCAGACUUACAGGACCUUGUGUCCAGAAGUGAAGGUAUUCCCUUGGCAAGGGAACGGGCGGAAACAUCUGAUGAAGACGUGAAAGGCUCUGUCCGUGAUCAUCUGAGGCUAGAAAGCAAAGGCAAUAAUGGUCCAAUGAUUAAUGAAGACAUACAGGGGAACGGAAACCAUGUUUCCAUAAAACCCUCAGCACUGAAAGCAAGCAGCUGCCCACCCAAGACAGAAAGUGCUGAAACUCUUGUGCAGAAUGAGGACCUCAGUGUGGACGAGGAGAGUAGCUGCGGGAGUGUGGAGUCAGCUGAAUCCGAGUUAGAAGCUGCAGAUCUUCAGAAGAAACCGUUACAACUGGAUAAUAAUGCUUUUCUAGAUGAAGAUAGUAACCAGCCAAUGCCAGUAGACCGAUUUUUUGGAAAUAUCGAGUUCAUACAGGACCUGCCAGCAGCUGCACUCCCAUGCACCGCAAUGAGCAGAAGAGAGUUUAGAAAGCUCCACUUCAUUGCAAAGGAAGAUGAUGACGAUGAUGAUGUACUUUAAGCAGAGAAUGUUCAAAAUAUAUAUAUUUUAUGAGACAGAAUAUUUACUGAAAUAUUACGGUAAGAAUUGCCAUCUGCUGUACUUCUCCAACAUGACUUCUUUCUACAGGUUCCUUUCCCCAGAGAGAAAUUCUAGCAGGGUUUGCUUCUAAGCAAAUAUUGGACAUUUUUCAAAAUUCAUAGUUGAAUGUGGAAAGAGGAAUGUAUAUUUUAAUGGCUGUGGAAAUGAGUGAUUGUUGCAAGAUUUACAAGCCAUAUCAAUUGUUUUUACCAACUUCAUAAAAUUAAAGCACUUGUUUUAUUAAACAGCU